AUUGCUACCAAGCCUAUUGAACAUGUCAAGCACGAGACUGUCAAUGUCUGCAAGCCUACCAAGCCUGUCACCAAGGACACUACUGUCAUUGUUACCAAGCCUGUUGAAGGUGUUACCGUUGUUGAAGAAGUUAAGAAGCACGCCGAUGUCAUCAUUGUUGAAGAUGUCAAGAAGCAAACCGAUGUUGUUGUUGAAGAGAAGCUUUCUAACUGUUGAACACAUUGAAGUUGUCACUGACAAGACCAACACCUGGUUCGGUAAGUUAGUUGAGAAGGUUAAUGGCAUGAUUGAAGUUGGUGAGACUCCCGAAGCCGUUGAUGCUGUCAUUGUUGAAGAAAAGGCCAAGCUCCAAGUUGUUCUUGAUAAGUCCAAGAAGGAAUUGCCUGUCUCUGAAACCAAGGAUACUACCACUGAAACCACUGAUUCCAUUGCAUUCUAUGAUAAGCUCCAGGUCUCUAUCGAAACUCAAGUCGAAGAGGUCAAGAAGACUGUCAAGGAUAGCUAUGCUCCUGAAUCCGAGGUCACCAAGAUUGAUGUCCACACUGUCAAGGAAGACUUCAAGAAGGCUGUCGAGGUUGAACUUGUUGAAGCCAAGACUGUUGUCUACAAGGAUGCUGGUGUUACUGAGUCUGAGGUUACUGUCAUUGCUGCCAAGCCUAUUGAACAUGUCAAGCACGAAACCGUCAAUGUUUGGAAGCCUGCUACCAAGGACGCUAACGUCUUUGUAACCAAGCCUGUUGUGGGUGAGGUUAUCGUUGUUGAAGAUAUCAAGAAGGUUACUGAAGUCAUUCAUGAUGUUAAGAAGCCUUGUGGUGUCGUUGAUGAGGUUGUUGAAGUUGUGAAGGAUGAAGUUGUUGAAGGUGAAGUUAAGAUUGUUGAAGGUGAAGUGAAGAUUGUUGAAGGUGAAGUGAAGAUUGUUGAAGGUGAAGUGAAGAUUGUUGAAGGUGAAGUGAAGAUCGUUGAAGGUGAAGUCAAGAUUGUCGAAGGUGAAGUUAAGAUUGUCGAAGGUGAAGUCAAGGUUGUUGAAGCCGAAGUAGUAAAGAAAGAUUCUAUAGUUGUCGUUGAAGAAAAGCUCCCUGGUAAGCUAUUUUUAUUUCUAUUUUUAUAAUGAAGUUAUCGAAACUGUCGAACAUAUCGAAGUUGUUUCUGAAAAGACUAACGGAUGGUUCGUUCAUUUCAUUGAAAAGAUUAAUAGUAUGCUCGAAGUCGGUGAUUGUGCCGAGGACGUAAAUGCCGUUAUUGUUGAAGAAGAGGCUAAGCUCCAAGUUGUCCUUGAGAAGUCCAAGACCGAGUUACCUGUCUCUGGUUCCAAGGAUACUAAGCCUAUUGAUUCUAUUGCUUUCUACGACAAGCUCCAAGUCUCUAUUGGAUCUCAAGUUGACGAAAUCAAGAAGACUGUCAAGGAAACCUAUGUCCCUGGUUCUGAAGUUACCAAGAUUGAUGUUCAUACUGUCAAGGAAGAUUUCAAGAAGGCUGUCGAGGUUGAAAUUGUUGAAGCCAAGACUGUUGUC